AUGGCGGCAGCACAAUACCACAAAUCAUUAACGAGUCAAUGCAGUUCAACACGUCUGAGACGUAUCGUAGUCGAUAACAAUGGCUAUUGCGAACGAUUAAAUCAAAUCGCUGGUUUGAAACAAGGUGGAUUAAUGGACGUUAUAUUAUUAUCGCAUCGUAUCACUGCACAAAUUAAACUGCUCAGUAUGUUAAACGAUGAUUUCUACGAAGUCAGUCCAGUUUUGGGAUUUGAUGAGUACUUUUUUUUUCAUCCGAGGAUAAAGAUUACUGGAUUUAAAUAUCCAUCUAUAAAAAAAAAAUAG